AUGUCGUCGCCAACGACAACGACGGCCACCACCACCACGUCGACCUCGACGGCGUCGCCCAGCUGCAUCAGCAUCCCGCCCGGUAAAGAUGGCUAUCUGCCCCCAGAGGCCUGCGGGAACUUGCUGCUGUACGUCCCGUCCUUUGGGGCGGCGGUGUUUUUCGUCAUCCUCUUUGCCCUCACCAUGCUCGUCCAUAUCGUGCAGGGGUUUGUCUACAAAAAGAAAUACUGCUGGGUCGUCGUCAUGGGCGCCCUCUGGGAGCUGAUCGCGAUGAUCUUCCGGGUGCUGCUGACCAAACACCAGGACAACGCCAACUACGACACGUACCACCAGCUGUUCUUCCUGCUGGCGCCGCUCUGGAUCAACGCCUUCCUGUACAUGACGCUGGGCCGCAUGCUGUGGUUCUUCGACGAGACCAGGCGCCUGGGCGGGCUGUCGCCGCAGCGCUUCGCCAUGCUGUUUGUCGGCCUCGACAUCGUGUCUUUCCUCGUCCAGGCGGCCGGCGCAUCCAUCACCUCGCAGAGCAACAUCUCGCAACACAUGCUCAUAAUGGGCAUCCACAUCUACAUGGGCGGCAUCGGCUUACAGGAGUUUUUCAUCCUGGGCUUCGUCGGCCUGCUGGUCACGCUGCACCGGCGGCUGGUGCGCCAGGAGCGCCGCGCCGUGCUGCUGCACCGCCUGCACAACGGCAGCCUGCCCUGGCGCUGGCUGUUCUACGGCAUGUAUUUCGCGCUCGUCAUGAUCACCGUGCGUAUCAUCUACCGCCUGGUCCAGUACGCGACGGGAACGUCGCCCUCCAACUCGCUGCUCACGCACGAGGCCUACGAGUACGUGCUCGACGCCCUGCCCAUGUUCCUCGCCCUCGUCGUACUCAACUUCACCCACCCGGGCCGCAUCAUCAACGGGCCCGACGCCAGCUGGCCGCGGCUAAGCCGGCGCGAGAAGAAGGGGCUGAAGCGCCAGAAGAAGGCCGAAAAGGCGGCCCGCAAAGCUGCCCGCAAGACCGGCCAGAAGGACUGGAACAGCAGCGACGUCGCGUUUGAAGCGUUGCGGCCGGCAGGAGAGGGCGUCGUAGAGAACGACUACCGGACUGACGAGCAUGACCAUCAUGACUACCAUACGGACUACAGCUAUGGCUACGACAGGCAUGAGGAGCGAUACGAGUACCCGUCCGUUCCGCUGCAGCAUCAGUAUUAG